AAAUUAAAACGUUAGAAUUCAAUCACAGAUAUAAAAUGCUUAGUAACUAAUCUAUAAAACAAUGAAUCGCUAACAUAGCAAUUAUUAUUUAAAAUAUUUAGUCUGGCAUUUAUGUGCAAUUUUAGCUCAAUUUAACGUGUAAAACUUAAGCUGAUUAUUUAAUUAUUUUUCAAUGACUGAAAGGAUGGCAGAACAUGAUCAAGAUUGUAAAGACUCAGAAUUGUUUGAUGAACCUGAAGAGGAACAAUUUUAUGUAGAAAAAGUCGUUGAUAAAAAAGUAAUUGAUGGCAAAGUUCUUUAUUUUUUAAAAUGGAAAGGGUAUGAUGAUAGUGAAAAUACAUGGGAACCAGAAGAACAUUUAGAAUGUGAAAACUUAAUUAAAGAAUUUGAAGGUAAACUAGUCAACAAAGAAUUAGAUGACACAUCAUCGUUGAGCAAAAAAAAUAACAAUAAUUCAUCAUUACCAUCAAGUAGUAUUGGAACACCAGACAAAAGUACAGGAUUUGAUCGUGGACUAGAGCCUGAGAGAAUAUUAGGUGCUACUAAUUGUACCGGUAAACUUAUGUUUUUUCUUAAAUGGAAAGGACUUAAUAAUGCCGAACUGGUGCAUGCUGAAAUUGCUAAUAUAAAAUGUCCUCAAGUUGUUAUAAAGUAUUAUGAAGAAAGACUCUCGUGGAAAAUAUAAUUUAGUUAUUAUCUGUUUUCGAUACUUAUGAAAUGUUAUUCUGGUUGAAUGUUAAUUUUUUUUUUUACAUAAUUUAAUAUAAGAUUUACUAUUGCGCUUGUUAUACUCAUUUAUUGAACAAAUGUUAUAUUAUGUAAAUAUUUUCUAUUAGUGAAAUUUCAUUGUGUAAAUAAUUGUUAAAUUGAACACUUGGUUUUAUAAAAAAAAAAUUUAAUUAAUAUAUUUUUAUACUUUUACAA